AUUAUUUUCUCCUCCUCUUCCCUCUCUCGAACCAACCGAGAAAAGCCCUAAUUAGGGCUUUCACCAAAUCCCCAACUAUAAAAAUUAUAAAUACCAACCCCCCCAGGAAAAAAAAAAAUCCCCAAAUCAAAUCUCAAAUCAGAAUCAACCCAAUUUCGCCAGCCGCCUCCGCUUCGAGAUCCGAGCGCGAAAGCGCUCCGUCCCUCCUCCAUCAAUGGCGGCGGCGGACAUCCCAAACCCUAACCCUAACAGCCGCCCCUCCUCCUCCGUCGCGAAGCGGUCCUCCUCCGAUUCCGGCACGCUCCUGUUGGGUCGCUACGAGCUCGGCAAGCUCCUCGGCCACGGCACCUUCGCCAAGGUGUACCACGCUCGGAACCCUCUCACCAACGAAUCCUUCGCCAUCAAAGUCCUCGACAAGGAGAAGAUCCUCAAGUCCGGCCUCGUCGCCCACAUCAAGCGCGAGAUCUCCAUCCUCCGCCGCGUUCGGCACCCGAACAUCGUCCAGCUCUUCGAGGUCAUGGCCACGAAAACCAAGAUCUAUUUCGUCAUGGAGUUCGUCCGAGGCGGCGAGCUCUUUCGCAAGGUCGCCAAGGGGCGCCUCAAGGAGGACACGGCCCGAAAGUACUUUCAGCAGCUGAUCUCCGCUGUUCAAUUUUGCCACGCCCGGGGGGUCUAUCAUCGAGACCUUAAGCCCGAGAACCUCCUCCUUGACGAUAACGGCGAUCUCAAGGUUUCUGAUUUCGGGCUCAGCGCGGUUUCUGAUCAAAUUAGACAGGACGGCCUGUUCCAUACUUUCUGUGGGACCCCGGCGUAUGUUGCUCCCGAGGUCCUUGGGAGAAAAGGAUAUGAUGGAGCUAAGGUGGAUAUUUGGUCUUGUGGGAUUAUUUUGUUUGUUUUGAUGGCAGGUUAUCUGCCGUUCCAUGAUCAGAAUGUCAUGGCCAUGUAUCGGAAAAUCUACAAGGGGGAGUUCCGAUGCCCGAGGUGGUUCUCGCCGGACUUGACGAGGCUUUUGACCCGGCUCCUGGAUACAAACCCCAGGACGAGGAUCACCAUUCCUGAAAUCAUGGAGAACAAGUGGUUUAAAAAGGAUUUCAAGCACAUUAAAUUCUAUAUCGAGGAUGAUCGGUUUCACAGGUUCGAUGAUUUUGAUCUUCAAUCGCCGGAGGAGCAGCAGAGCAGCGGCGGCAGCAAGCCUGAGCCCGAAGCGGGGCAGGAGUCCGAUGGAUCAGAAUCGGGGAACGAGUCUGAUUCGUCGGUGGCUUCUUGCCCUGCAACGCUUUCUGUUGGGAGGAAGAAAGGAUUGGGGAAUUUGCCGAGGCCAUUGAGCUUGAAUGCUUUCGAUAUCAUUUCGUUCUCGAGGGGGUUUGACCUUUCUGGGUUGUUUGAUGAGAAAGGAGAAGAGACUAGGUUCAUUUCUGGGGAACCUGUUUCGACGAUUAUAUCAAAACUGGAGGAGAUUGCGAAAGUGGUGAGCUUUACGGUGAGGAAGAAAGACUGUAGAGUGAGCUUGGAGGGGACGAGGGAAGGCGAAAAGGGGCCAUUGACAAUCGGUGCAGAGAUCUUCGAGCUCACACCCUCGCUGAUGGUGGUCGAAGUUAAGAAGAAGGCAGGGGACAAAGGAGAGUACGAGGAGUUCUGCGAUAGGGAGCUGAAGCCUGGGCUGAGGAAUCUCAUGUACCCGGCUGCUGUUCCUGCCAACAUAGCUUCUGAUACAGAGUAGAAUGAGGUAAAAGUUGCUCCUUUUUGGUACCAUAACGUGUAUUCAGGUGUUUUAUGGUCUUUACCGUUCUUCUUUGUAUAAUAUCGUUCUUUAUUUCCAGAUUCCACCUGUAUUAGGAUUGUAAAAAAAGGGUGAUGUUCUUGUAUCAGCGGCAAAUAGAUGUUUAAAUGCUAUGAUGCUCAAUGGAAUUUGUUCCUUGAAUGACAGUUUCUCUCAUGAUAAUUGGUUGUCAA